GGCUGACAACUCACGGUCACAGCUAGCGUGGUGAGAGCUAGCCUGCGUGCCUGCGCGUCUCUCUAUAAAAAGCUAUGGAGAGCUAGGUGCAGGGCAAAGCUAGCGCUUGGCGAGGCCGGCCGGGUGUGUACUUCGCCAUUGGGCCAUUGGGGGUAGCUUAACUAGCUUGGGUGACCACUGUCACUCGACGCAGGCAGCAGCCUCGCCAUGGCGGCCAGGCCGGGCCCCUUGACCGAGUGGCCAUGGGAAAGGCUGGGCAACUUCAAGUAUGUGGUGAUGGCUCCCGUGGUGGUCCAUGGCAUACACAAGGUGAUGAACAAGGGCUGGGGCGACAUCGACCUCGCCUUCGCGCUCAUCCUGCCGUCGCUGCUGCUGCGGAUGAUCCACAACCAGAUCUGGAUCAGCCUGUCGCGCUACCAGACCGCGCGCAGCAAACACCGCAUCGUGGACCGCGGCAUCGAGUUCGAGCAGGUGGACAGGGAGAGGGGAUGGGACGACCAGAUCAUCUUCAACGGGCUGCUGUUCUACGUGAGCUACCUGACGAUGCCGAGCGUGAGGUGGCUGCCGCCGUGGAGGACCGACGGGGCCGUGAUGAUCGCGCUGCUCCACGCCGGGCCCGUGGAGUUCCUGUACUACUGGUUCCACCGGGCGCUGCACCACCACUUCCUCUACUCGCGCUACCACUCGCACCACCACUCCUCCAUCGUCACCGAGCCCAUCACCUCGGUAAUCCAUCCUUUCGCUGAACACAUGGUCUACUACUUCCUGUUUGCAAUCCCCAUGUUGUCGACCUUGUACAUGGGAAAUGGUUCUGUCAUUGCCAUUGUGCUCUAUAUCGCUUACAUUGACUUCAUGAACAACAUGGGGCACUGCAAUUUUGAGUUGGUGCCCAAGUGGAUGUUCCAAGUCUUUCCUCCACUCAAGUACCUCAUGUACACACCGUCGUUUCAUUCUCUGCACCACACGCAGUUCCGCACAAACUACUCGCUGUUCAUGCCGUUCUACGACUACAUAUACAACACUAUGGACAAGUCAUCUGACGAGCUGUAUGAGACCUCACUGAAGGGGACAAAGGAAACACCAGACCUUGUUCAUCUCACGCAUAUGACCAACUUGCAAUCGGCUUAUCAUCUACGGAUUGGCAUUGCCUCUAUAGCAUCCAAACCAUAUGAUAACUCGUGGUAUAUGUGGACACUAUGGCCCUUGGCAUGGCUGUCAAUGGUACUCGCAUGGGUUUAUUGGUCCUCUGCAUUUGUGGUUGAUAGAAUCAAUCUGAAGAAAACGAAGAUGCAAACAUGGGCAAUACCAAGAUACAACUUCCAAUAUGGCCUGAACUGGGAGAGAGAAUCAAUCAACGACUUAAUUGAAAAGGCAAUAUUAGAUGCUGAUGCAAGAGGUGUUAAAGUGCUUAGUCUAGGACUGUUAAAUCAGGCAAAACAACUCAAUGGUGGUGGUGAAUUAUUUAGACAAAAGUAUCCAAAAUUAAGAGUUCGCCUCGUCGAUGGAAGUGGCUUAGCAACUGCAGUAGUCCUCAAAAGCAUUCCUCAAGAUGCAAAGCAAGUUUUUCUUCAUGCAGGGCCUUCUAAGAUAGCCUGUGCCACAGCUUUGGCAUUACGCGGGAGGGGUGUCCAGGUGAUCAUGAAUCCAAAGGAGUAUGAUAUGCUUAAGUCACAGAUUACAGAGAGCAAAUCAAGCUACUUCAAACACGCCAAUAACCACAUGCCGCAGAUUUGGCUAGUUGAUAACAUCGAUGAUAAAGAACAGAGGAUGGCACCAAAAGGAGCUAUAUUCAUUCCUAUAUCACAGUUCCCCAUCAAGAAAACACGCAAGGAUUGCACUUACUUGAGCACCCCAGCAAUGAAGAUCCCAGAAACAAUGCAGAAUAUCCACGCCUGCGAGAAUUGGCUGCCAAGAAGGGUGAUGAGUGCUUGGCGCAUCGCCGGAAUACUUCAUGCCCUGGAAGGAUGGACCAUGCACGAAUGUGGGGAUGCCAUGAUGGAUGCUGAGAAAGCAUGGUCAGCUGCUAUUAGGCACGGAUUCCUUCCUCUGACUAAAGCUUGAGAGUUUCCAAAGCCUGGAUUCUGGAAGAUGUAUUUAUUCGACUAUGCUGGAAAACUAUGAUACAGCAAAUUAGUAGGACAAACUCUGCCUUGUAUAAGGCUGGCUAUGAUUUCGACGACUCAUAGGGAGGCACAAUGUGAAUGCCGACCUUGAUUCCGAUAGCUUAGUAACUAUAUGUUUGGAUAAAACUUGGAGAAUACUAUCGCAGAACUCGCGGAGUUGGAAACUA